GAUGGCCCUAAGCUGCCUUACUGCUGAGGACAGGUUUUGAAGGCGCAUCGCAGCCAUUAAGGAGAUGAGACGGUCACGCAGUCUUCUGCUCUCCGGGGCCUCCCUGGCAGUUGGAGUGGCACUUGGUGCAGGACUGACAAGCUGGAAACUAAAGGAUGAGGCUGCUCCUAAAAUCCUCUACCCUCCUAUAGUCCAGGCGGCCUCUGAAGUGUUGCUGCCGUCUCCCUCUGGGAUCGCCCGCUUUGGUCUGCCAGGGCUGAGUCAGCUCAAGACUCGGCAGUCCCAUGUACUGAGCUACGAUGCCAGGCUUCGGGGCCCAGCCUGGGUUUUGGAGCAGCUUAAUGGUGAACGGUUAAAGGGCAGCGCCAACCGCCAGGGCUGUGAUUUCAUAGAAGAUGAGUCUGUGCACCCUUAUCACCAGGCUACCAACGCGGACUACCGAGGAAGUGGGUUUGACCGGGGGCAUCUGGCAGCUGCGGCCAAUCACAGGUGGAGCCAGAAGGCAAUGGAUGAGACAUUCAUACUCAGCAACAUUUACCCUCAGAAUCCAAAUCUUAAUCAGAACGCCUGGAAUAACCUGGAGAAAUACUGCCGUGGUCUAACCAGGAGUAACAAGAACGUGUACGUGUGCACCGGGCCCCUCUUCCUCCCCAAAAUGGAAGUCGAUGGGAAGAUGUACGUGAAAUACCAGGUCAUUGGUGCAAACCACGUUGCCGUCCCCACGCACUUCUUCAAGGUGGUCGUCCUGGAGAAGUACAAUGGAGAGAUAGAACUGCGGCCCUAUGUGAUGCCGAACUGCCCUGUAGAUGAGAAGAUCCCCUUGGAUCGCUUCUUAGUCCCGAUAGAGAGCAUUGAGCGAGCCUCGGGUCUACUUUUUGUUCCCAAUAUACUCAAGAGCUCAAGCAACUUGAAGGCCAUCACGGCGGGAGGGAAGUGACGCCGUCUGGAGCUGCACCCACCAGUACAUGGGGCCCAGUCACUAGGACGUCUGUGGACACUUACCCAUUGUGGUUUGAUAUAAUUAGGAAAAAUCCAGCAAAUAUAAUAAAAGAAUUUAAUUGA